AUGCCUCCACAUGAGCGUCGUCAGCCUAUCGUUCAGGAAUGCCCAUCUGUCGCGAACUACGGUCCACUGCAGUUUCAGCAUGGCCCAACACCGCAACAAGUGGCAGCGAGACAGGUAAUUUCCAAGGAACUUCCGUCGUUCACGGGGGAUCCUAUCGAGUGGCCAAUGUUUAUUAGCAGUUAUAUGCAUUCAACGAGCGCGUGUGGGUAUACGGACUCCGAAAACCUACUGAGGCUUCAGCGGUGUCUCAAGGGUACGGCGAAAGAUGCAGUUAGCAGCCUUCUCUUACAUCCAACGUCCGUUCCGCAGAUCAUAUCGACAUUGCAAACCUUGUAUGGCCGACCGGAACAAAUAGUGAACAACAUGGUCUCCAAGGUGCGUAAUACUCCUGCUCCAAAACCAGAUCGAUUGGAUACGUGGGUCACCUUUGGGUUGAUGGUGCAGAACUUGUGCGGUCAUCUCAAAGCGGUUGGACUAGAGAACCAUCUGUCCAACCCCAUACUGUUGCAGGAGCUGGUGGAGAAACUGCCACCUACUGUGAAGUUUAACUGGGCACUUUAUCAACAAUGUCUACCUGUCGUGGAUCUCAGCAGUUUUGGAAACUAUAUGGAGAAGGUGGCCGCCGCCACAAGUAGCGUUGCCACGCCUCUGAUAAGCCAACCGAAGACGAGCAAGGAGGAUCGACCAAGGGGCAAGGAUAGAGUGUUCGUUAAUGCCCAUGCAGAAUUCAACCAAGAAGAUGACGAUCUAGGAGUACCAAUGGAUAGACAUCAACAGUUACACAUCGCAGCGAAGAAAGCCGAACCAGCAGCGACAUGUUUGUCUUGUGGCGGAGGAGGUCACCAGGUGGCGAACUGUUCAACAUUCAAAAAACUUUGCCUGGAUGACCGCUGGAAGGAAGUGAAGGAGAAGCAGCUCUGCAGCCGGUGUUUGACAGCACACAGCCGCUGGCCGUGUAGGGGAGAAGUCUGCGGAGUAAAUGGCUGCCAGAGACGCCACCAUCGAUUGCUCCAUUCCGAAUUGCCUAAAGAGGAGAAGAAUGCUAUUGUUACUGUCCAUCGUAAGCCGACGUCGUCAACAUUAUUCCGCGUGCUACCCGUAACACUCUACGGAAGAAAAGGACAAGUUAACACUUUCGCCUUUCUGGAUGAUGGUUCGUCCGUUACUAUGGUAGAUCAAUCGACUGCAGAAGCGCUUGGACUGGAAGGAAAUUCUGAAACCCUUUGCAUCCACUGGACUGGAGGAAUUCAGAAGAAACUAAGCGCCCAGCAAGUUGCAGUAGAACUUUCAGCAGUCGGCAGUGAUAAACGGUUCAAAGCAUCAGAGGUGUACAUUGUUGAAAAUCUGGGCCUGCCGAAACAAACAGUAGACUUUCAAGAAAUGGAACAGCGUUUCGCCUAUCUCAAGGGAUUACCGGUGAAAAGUUUUACAGCAGCUGUCCCUGGGUUGAUGAUCGGAUUGAACAAUAUCCACUUGUUGGCUACACUGAAGCUGCGUGAAGGUCGGAUCGGUGAACCAAUAGCAACCAAGACACGCAUUGGCUGGGCUGUGUAUGGAAGCGUACGUGGGGGAGUCGAUCAACUUCCGCACCGUCAAAUGCACAUUGAUGUACGACCCUCUAAUGAAGAAUUGCACUCCUAUGUCCAAGAGUUUUUUGCACUGGAGAGUCUGGGAAUCUCGGUGGUGCCGGAGGCAGAAACGGCGGAAAAUCAACGGGCUCGGCAGAUUCUGGAGGAAACGACAAAGCGCAUCGCAAGCGGAAGGUUUCAAACGGGUUUGCUCUGGAAGAACGACUUUAUUCAGUUUCCGGACAGCGAACCGAUGGCUAAAAAGCGGCUUAUGUGCCUCGAGAAACGGCUUUGCAAGGACCCGGAGUUGUACAAUACCGUUCGUCGACAGAUAGCGGAGAUGCAGGAGAAAGGCUAUACGCAUAAAGCAACCACCGAAGAAUUGGACAACUUCGAGCGUCGACGUUCCUGGUUCUUGCCACUAGGAGUAGUACUGAACCCUAACAAACCUGGAAAAGUGAGGCUCAUCUGGGACGCCGCAGCUAAGGUCAAAGGUGUUUCGCUAAAUACGGAGUUAUUGAGUGGUCCAGAUCUUCUCGCUCCGUUAUUGAGAGUAAUGUUCGGGUUCCGUGAGCGAGAAGUAGCUAUAUGCGCGGACAUUAUGGAGAUGUUCCACCAAGUAUUGAUUCAGGAAAACGAUCGCUGUGCUCAACUGUACAAGUGGAGAGACUCGCCGGAUUUGCCGAUGGAUACUAUGGUAAUGGACGUCGCAAUCUUCGGCGCUACAUGUUCUCCAGCGCAGUCGCAGUUUGUAAAAAAUAAGAAUGCCGAAGAACACAAAGCCGAGUAUCCCAGUGCUGCCGAAGCGAUCCAAAAGAAACAUUACGUCGAUGACUACUUGGACAGCCUGGAUACCGCCAAAGAAGCAACGGAGUUAGCACUGGAAGUGGCACACGUUCACGUCGCCGGCGGUUUCACUAUUCGAAACUGGAUCUCGAACAAUCACAGCGUACUGGAGCGAAUAGGUGAAACGAAUCCAACAACGGUCAAAAGUUUCACGGGAGAAGGUCAAGCUGAACGUCUACUUGGAAUUGUCUGGCUGCCGGAGGAAGAUGUUUUCAUGUUUGCACUAAGCUUUCGUCAAGAUAUCCGCAUCCUGAUUGAAGGUGUAUUGGUGCCAUCAAAGCGAGAAAUGCUACGAGUGGUGAUGAGUGUCUACGAUCCCCUAGGACUUGUUGCGGCAUUCGUGAUCCACGGAAAGGUUCUUAUCCAAGACGUUUGGAGAGCAGGCGUUGACUGGGAUCAGAGAGUUCCUCAAGACAUAUUCAAUAGAUGGAAGUUGUGGUUAGAAACUCUUUUGAAGAUGAGUGAAAUAAGGAUUCUCCGCUGUUAUUUCCCAGGGUAUGAUCCGGAUAGCUAUCGCUCGCUGCAGUUACACAUAUUCGUAGAUGCUAGUGAACAGGCCUUUGCUGCCUGUGCAUAUUUCCGUAUUGUCGACAGAGGGAGAGUUCGCUGCUGCUUGGUUGCGUCGAAAACUAAGGUAGCACCACUUAAGCCGCUAUCAAUCCCGCGACUAGAGCUAAUGGCAGCGGUGAUAGGAGCUCGCUUGAAGAGGACAAUCAUUGAAAAUCAUUCUCUGGAUAUUCAGCAUACGUUUUUUCAUAGUGAUGCCGGAACUGUUCUCUCAUGGAUCCAGACCGAUCCACGUCGGUAUCGUCAAUUUGUGGCGUUUCGCGUCAGCGAAAUUUUAAGCUUGACAUCUGUUGAGGAAUGGCGGUGGGUUCCAACUAAGCUCAACGUCGCUGAUGAGGCCACGAAGUGGGGAAGAGGUCCAUCGUUCGAACCCGGCAGCAGAAUUUUAGUUGGACCACAGUUCUUGUAUGACGAUCAAGGUGAAUGGCCCAAGAAUUGCCGAUCCGAGGUCAAAAUCACCGAUGAAGAGCUCCGGCCAGCGUACAUUUUCAGUCAUUUUCUAGCGAAACCGCUGGUGGAAUUCAACAAAUUCUCCAAAUGGGAGCGACUGCUGCGGUGCGUCGCUUACGUACAUCGUUUUGUGGAAAAUUUGAAGCAGCGCUACAGAAAGGAGCCUGGAACGGAAGGAGGACUAACGAAGCACGAGUUGCAGCGAGCAGAGCUUACACUAUGGAAGUUAGUGCAGUCUGACGCGUAUCCGGAUGAAGUAGCUACGUUGAGGUACAACACUCGAGCCAACAAGCAGCGCCUGGAAAGGCUGGAGAAACGCAGCCUUCUUGCAAAACUGUCGCCGAUGAUGGACGAGGACGGAAUUAUUCGUAUAGAUGGACGCACAGCUCACAGUGACUACGUAACCCACGACGCGAAGUAUCCAAUCAUUUUAGCGAAAGAUCAUACCAUUACAACACUUCUUCUGGAUUGGUAUCACCGCAAGUUUCGUCAUGCUAACAACGAAACCGUGGUCAACGAGGUUCGCCAGAGAUUCCAUGUUCCAAGCGUGAGGAGUCAGGUUCGUGCGACGAGGAAGCGGUGUACGUGGUGUCAAGUAUACAAAACCUUUCCUGUGCCACCGAAAAUGGGACCAUUACCACAAGCGAGGCUCACACCGUUCAAGCGGACCUUCACCUAUUCCGGAAUCGAUUAUUUCGGACCAUAUUAUGUCAAAGUUGGGCGUUCUGCGGCGAAAAGGUGGGUCGCUCUAUUUACUUGCUUGGUCACACGAGCGAUUCACUUGGAGGUGGUGAGUAGUUUGUCGACGGACUCGUGCAAGAAGGCGAUACGGAGGUUCAUCGCGCGCAGAGGGGCCCCCGUUGAAAUUUAUUCGGACCGAGGGACCAACUUCAUCGGGGCUAGUCGUGAGUUAACCAAGGAGAUUAAACGUAUCAACGUAGAACUCAGCAGUACCUUCACAGAUCAGCAAACGCAGUGGACAUUCAACCCACCGGCUGCUCCGCACAUGGGGGGGUGUUGGGAAAGAAUGGUUCGGUCAGUUAAAGUGGCUCUGGGUGUACUACCUUUCGAACGGAAACUCGACGAAGAAUCCUUGGCAACAUUCCUUGCAGAAGCCGAGCACAUGAUCAACUCGCGACCAUUAACGUUCGUACCAAUCGAGAGCGACGAUCAUGAGUCACUAACGCCGAACCAUUUCCUGUUGCUGAACUCGAGUGGUGUGAAGCAAGCGGAAAAGACACCGGUGGACGUGGGCAUGGCGUUAAAGGGAAGUUGGAAUAAAAUUCAACACACUCUGGACAACUUCUGGCGGCGCUGGUUGAAGGAGUACUUGCCGACUAUAACUCGGCGAACUAAAUGGUUCCACGACGUUCGUCAUAUCAGAGAGGGUGACUUGGUGGUAAUUGCGGAUGAGGGGGUGAGAAAUCGGUGGCUCAGGGGUCGUGUGGUAAGGACAUAUCCGGGAAGAGACGGCGUACCACGGCGUGCAGAUGUACGAACUUCAGACGGAUCGGUGAUGCGGGAUCGACUAGUAAUUAAAUUGGCCCUACUAGAGAUUUCUGCCAGAAAUGACGCCGAACCGGAAGUUCUAGCGACACGUGGGGGAGAAUGUUGCGGACCCCUCGACUCUGCAGCGAUGUAA